UUAAAAUAGUACGACAAUAGGUUGUAUAAUAGUAUAGGACAGCUAAUCUAAUCAAUUCUGCCCGAUACUUCGUUAAUAAUAGCAAUAUAAAUACAACCUAUAGAUGAAAUAUAUGUGCUGCACAAUUCGCGUGCAUUAGUCGCCGAUUGUCCCAUACCAAACCACGUACAUACGUGCACUGCAGUACAUUAAAAGUACAUGAUUCAUUCGAUGUUGGUGACAUAAUGAUAGCAAUAGAAUAUAUAAUUUACGACUUCCUUAUUGCAGAAAUUAUAGGUAAUUACGAAAUUUCUGAGAUAUUGUUACAGAUAAACUAAAGUUCUACUAAAUGCAUAUGAAUAUAAAACAGCACGUCAAAACGGUGAGCCACCUCAGUACGUCAUUUCUCAACAUCAUUGAACGCAUACAUUAAUUUUACAUUAUACGAAAAAAACGCGACAAUUCAUAUUAUUAAUUAUCAAAUAAAAUGUCGAACAUCAUUCAGUGUUUCGCGACUCAGAUAGCAGAAACGUCCACGAGGAUCGAUUGGAUGUUCGUUAUUCUUCAAACGCUUAUCGUGUUGUACAGACCCGACAUUGCCGAUCCCGAAAACAAGGUGAGACCGACCCCUCCGCCUAGUCUACGAAAUAAUUAUGAUUUCAUCAUAAUUGGGGGUGGCUCCGCGGGUUCCGUAUUGGCCAACCGAUUGUCCGAAAAUGAAAAAUGGUCGGUGUUGCUGCUCGAAGCUGGACCGAACGAACCUUAUGUCACUGAUAUACCACUGACAACAGCGAAAAUACCAAUGAGUUCAUUAGCGUGGCAUUUCAAAACAUCUCCAUCGAAUAACUAUUGCAAAGCGGCGGAAAAUCAUCAAUGCUCUUGGCCUCGUGGCAAGACGCUCGGCGGGAGCAGCACCAUAAAUAAACUGAUGUAUAUUCGCGGCAACAGACACGAUUAUGACCGCUGGGAGGAAGCGGGCAACCCAGGAUGGAACUACGAAAGCGUGUUACCGUAUUUCAAAAAAUCUGAAGACAUGAAAGUCGAGGAAUAUCAAGAAUCCCCCUACCACGGCGUCGGUGGAUACCUGACCGUCGAAAACUUUCGUUAUCGUUCAACUAUAACUAAUUAUUUAAUCGAAGCAGGAAGAGAAAUGGGCUACGACUUAGUCGACGUGAACGGAGCCAAUCAAACUGGAUUCAGUUUAAUUACUGGAACAUUAAGGGAUGGUCUGAGAUGCAGCACAGCGAAGGCUUUCCUUCGUCCUGCUUGGAGGAGGCGUAAUCUACACAUCAGUACCGAUUCUUAUGUGGAAAAAAUCUUGGUACGAGGUGAUGGAGACGAAAAAACUGCUUAUGGUGUGCAAUUUCGUUUCCAAUCUACUCGUUACAUAGUAACAGCAAAUCGUGAAGUGAUACUAUCAGCGGGCGCGAUACAAUCGCCGCAAGUGUUGAUGUUGUCUGGUAUCGGACCAAAAGAUCAUUUAAAGGAACUAAAUAUUCCAGUGGUUCACGAUAUCCCGGGUGUAGGGAAAAAUCUUCAGGAUCACGUGAUGUUCACUGGAUUCAAUUUUGUCGGGUCCAUACCGGAAAAUUAUACAGGAUCCGAGCCUUUCUCGUUCGAUAAUAGUCUUAAUGAACACAGUCUCACAGAAUUCGCCGUAGAGCAUAAUGGACCAAUGUACGGUGAGCCAGCUGUUGAGGUUGUGGGUUUUAUUAAUACCAGAUAUGCAAACAAAUCCGAAAAUUAUCCUGACGUACAGUUAAUCUUAGGGAAUGUAAAUAAUGUGUCCCAAUUUAACAUUUCAAUAAAAACUGCUUCUUAUUCUGCCAUUCCACUAAUAUUAAGACCACGGAGUAGGGGAUAUAUCAAACUCAAUGUAACGAAACCUGAAGGACACCCGAUCAUAGUUCCCAACUAUUUCCAAGAUCCGCACGAUCUCGACGUUUUGACCGAAGGUGCACAAUUCGCCUACGAAAUGAUGAAAACACCGACUUUGAAGUCUUUAAACGUUCAACCGAACAUAGAUAGAAUUCCUGGGUGUUCGUCGGCCAAAUAUCUAUCAAUGAAUUAUUGGCGUUGUUUUGCCCGAUAUAACACCCAGACGAUGUACCAUCCAGUUGGAACGUGUAAAAUGGGACGAGCUAGCGACAAAAUGGCAGUGGUCGACGCUAGACUCAAGGUACACGGUAUAUCUCGACUACGAGUGAUCGACGCCUCGAUCAUGCCGACCAUCGUUUCCGGGAACACGAACGCGCCUACUAUAAUGAUCGCUGAAAAAGCUGCUGACAUGAUUAAACAAGACUGGAAGAAUUAGAAUGCACAACCCCGUUGAUUGUUGAGACGUGGUUCGAUUUCUACGUUUUAUUCGGACGUCAAGUUGAAAUAUGUAUCUUUUAUAUCUUUGCUUCCAUGAAAUACACGUGUAACUAAUUCAAUA